UAUAUUCCGGGAAACAGUUCCACAAAACACGAAGCUCACUCUUCGCAGAGGUAAUGUUCGUUUUUCCGAGAAUUAUAUACUCAUUUCACGAGAUGCGUUCCAUCGACGCAGAAACCUAGAGGUACUGAAUCUCUCUGCGAAGAAACUCUUUUGGAAGGGAAUAGAGCGACGAAGAAAUUCCGUUCUGGUGGCCAUUGAUCGUUCUAGCAUUCGCUUACGCGAUCUGUCGAUUCUUGUUGAUGCUCAUCCCUCCCAGCGUGCCUUCUAUCGACGUCGACGCCUCCGAUGUGUUGGAUAGGAACCAAGCGCAGGAAAACAGCUUCAUAUAUAUACCUCCAAGAGGAAGGACGCAGCAGUCUGAUAAAAGAGUACACUGUUAUGAACCUGCAACCAUGAAGUAUCUGGGCUAUUUCCCUGCGUUGACACCUGCUGAGGUCAAGGAUUGUGUUGCACAAGCAAGGAAGGCUCAGAAAAUCUGGGCAAAGAGUAGCUUUAAGCAAAGACGUCAGUUCCUUCGAAUACUUCUGAAAUACAUUAUUGAACACCAAGAGCUUAUUUGCGAGUCAAGGAUUGUGUUGCACAAGCAAGGAAGGCUCAGAAAAUCUGGGCAAAAGGUGGCUUUAAGCAAAGACAUCAGUUCCUUCGAAUUCGUCUGAAAUACAUUAUUGAACACCAAGAGCUUAUUUGCAAAUCUUCUGGAAGAUCAAUGCUUCACGAGAAAUCUAAAGUGGAAUUUCAUCCUCUUGGUGUUAUCGGUGCAAUUGUUUCAUGGAACUAUCCCUUCCACAAUAUUUUUAAUCCAAUGCUGGCAGCGGUCUUUUCAGGCAAUAGUGAUGUGAUUAAGGUACUUAAUGUUAUGAGCGUCUAUUGUUAUUUUCUUUGGUUGCCUUGUAUCUUGUAACUUUGUUAGAAAUCAAGGCAACUGCAUCCGUGUUUGUGUCUGUAGCUUACCAAUUCUGUUUUGACAUCAACACUGGUGCCUCAUAGUAUCCUGUUGCAGAAAAUGGCUUCAAGUUUCAGGAAUCUCUUGUAGAAGCACUUUAUGGCUUGAACAUCUGGGAUCGUCUGAGAGUGUUGGUAAAUGUUGUUAAACUUCUCUCAGAGCAAAACCCUACUGCCAGCAACAGGAGAAGAAAUGACUGAUGGUGUGAUGUUAUCAUGGAAUACCGAGCCAGGUUUGUCAACUCUUGGGACUGAAAUAAUAUCAUCACAGACUAUUGAGUAUCCUUUACAUCUUCUCAACUCCUUUUUGAUUUUGCUUUGUUGUCCUGGUUUUAGUUAAUUCUUGAAAGAGGAAAACUGAGGAUCUGAAAAUUUUGCAUUGAUUAAUUUUUUUGGGUUCCAUGGAGUCCCCUUUAUGG